CGGCAGCAUGGAGACGCUCCUCUCUGGCUCUGGUGCACCUCCCUCUCCUCCUCCUUCUCCUCCUCAUCUUCAUCUUCAUCGCCUCCCACUGCGGCUCAGUGGGAGUGAGGAUCAGCGUUGUGUGGACUGAAGAUGAUGGUGAUGAAGGACCUGAUGAUGAUGAUGUUCUUCCAGAGUGUAUGUGGAGAAGGUUCCAGGAGGAUUCGGGUUCUGGUUUUCUCACGCUGCUGCUGCCGCUGAUGAUGAUGAGGAAGAUGAUGAUGAUGUGGAUUAUAACUUUGAACUGAUGAUAAUUCUUGAGAUCAUGGCACGUGCUGUGUGUGUGUGAAACUUGUCCAAAGUGCGGGACAUUUGAUGUUGAGACAUUUGCAGCAGAGUCUUCCUCUCAAACAUGUGAUCAAACAUCUUCAUCACUGAGUGGAAACAAAGCGCAGCAGCGUCACGUGCGGAUUUUCUACCUGUUCUUCUUCCACUUUAUGACUUUGACUCAAACAGCAGAGGGAAAACGCUUUUCUUUCUUCUCCUCCUCGGACAGAAAAUGAGGAGCUGUCUGUUCCGGCUCUCACUCCUCCUCCUCCUCUUCCUCCUCACCUGCGUCCUCUCCAUCCGCGGCACCGCUGCGCCCGCCACCGAGGCUGAGGCGCACGCGGCGCCGCGGGAAACCUGCGCGUCCUGCGGCGGCGCGUCGCAGCCCGCGGACGCCGAGUCCGCGCGGAUGAACGUGGACUUCGUGGAGGCUGUGAAGAGGCACAUCCUGAGCCGGCUGCAGAUGCGGGACAGACCCAACAUCACGCACCCGGUGCCGAAGGCGGCCAUGGUGACGGCGCUGCGGAAGCUGCACGCGGGGAAACUGCGGGAGGACGGACGCGUGGAGAUCCCCAACCUGGACGGACACGCGAUGAGCAACGAGGUUCUGGAGGAGAGCUCCGAGAUCAUCAGCUUCGCUGAGAAAGAUGACAUGGUGACCUCAAAGUCCAGCCUGUUCUUCCUCAUCUCCAGUGAGGGGAACCAGAACCUCCACGCGUCGCAGGCCACGCUCUGGCUCUACUUUAAGCUCCUGCCGUCUGCGAUGGAGGUGCGUCCGCGGCGGAAGGUGACGGUGAAGGUCUACUACCAGGAGCCCGGCCUGGGCAGCAAGUGGAACCUGGUGGAGAAGCGGGUGGAGCUGAAGCGCAGCAGCUGGCACACCUUCAUGCUGACGGACGCUGUGCGGUUGGUGUUCGAGAAGGGCGACCGGCGGCAGAACCUGGACGUGCGCUGUGAAGGCUGCGAGGCGGAGAACGUGGUGCCGAUCCUGCUCAACCACAACGACGAGUCGCACAGGCCCUUCCUAGUGGUGCAGGCGAGGCAGGCCGACAACAAGCACCGCAUCCGCAAGAGGGGGCUGGAGUGCGACGGCAGCAGCAACCUGUGCUGCCGUCAGCAGUUCUACAUAGACUUCCGACUCAUCGGCUGGAACGACUGGAUCAUCGCGCCGUCGGGCUACUUUGGGAACUACUGCGAGGGGAACUGUCCGGCCUACAUGGCGGGCGUUCCCGGCUCCGCCUCGUCCUUCCACACGGCGGUGGUGAACCAGUACCGCAUGCGCGGCAUGAGUCCAGGCUCCAUGAACUCCUGCUGCAUCCCCACCAAGCUCAGCACCAUGUCCAUGCUCUACUUUGACGACGAGUACAACAUCGUGAAGCGGGACGUGCCCAACAUGAUCGUGGAGGAGUGCGGCUGCGCCUGAGUGUUUAUUCUUCAAGUGGAACUGAGAAACUUCACGAUAUUACGUCAAAAAGAUGAAUAUAGACAGAAUAUUUAUGGACGACAGAGAGACAAACGUGUGUCACACGCACAUAUCUACACGCACUCAUGUACGCCUGCACAGAAACUUGUAUAUAUAUUUAUGUUCCUUGAUAUAUGUUUGUCAUAUUCUCUGCUGGAAGACUGUUUCUGAUUCUGUCACCAAACUUCCAAAAUCGCUAAAUAUGGAAUCAAUCAACGUCUAACGUUCGGUGAGGAUAGUGUCGACGUAUGUGAGCGUUUGUUAGAGUAGAUAAACCUGUAAAAAGAAGAAGCCUUACACCAAGUCCAUGAUUUAACGACGCCUCUUUCAGGACGAUCACUGAUGAUGUCUCCAACGUACGGCACUUGUGGACACGAGUCGCGCUCACGCUUAGGCUAACUCUGUUCCACGAUGUUUGGACGAAUUCCUGAAGAAGAGUUUUUUUAAGAAGGUUCCUGUUGCAGGUGUUACAUCUUCUGAUUCUGGAAUAUCCUCUGUCCAUCGUCUUGGUUUUUCCACCAUAGCUACAACAUUUUAAGCAUGGUUAUUGCCCAAAAGGUCAACAGUUCGCGUUUAUUAGUGCGUCAGUGAACGACAAUCAAGGCCGCGCCUCAGAGGCCUCAAGACCUUUCCACAAAAAAGUCAUGCGCGCUGAGUUGCGAUGAAGUUGAUGAAGUCGCCGUUCUGUGAUCGCCUAAUCCGACACAGUGACCGUCAUAUCAUACGAUAAAAGAUCCUGAAGUCUCAGUGAACUCAGCCUUAAGCUACAAUCACGUUAGCAGCCACAAAUCACAUCAACGCAAAACACUUAAGUUUGGUCAUGUGAUCAUAGUCUUAUAGAAUCCAACUCUUUAUGAGGUUUCUGGUUUAAGAUCAUUUUAAAUGUCAGUUCCCUUGAAAUGUUUGUGGGGAACCAUGCACCAAACUUCUCCACAGAUAAUAACCUUCAGAUUUACAGCCAACAACUCAAACCAGGUCCAGAUCAGUCCAGUUCAGACCAGUCCAACAGUUCAGGAACCGACCAAACUUCCAGUGACUGUAUCUAAAUGUGGGUUAGUUCUAGGUUAUAGCGUUUGUAAAAAUAAUUAUGUAUGGAUGUUUGUUUUUUGUUUUUUUAAAAAAAGAAAAGAAGAAAGGAUCUCCUUUAAGAAGUUGCUUGAAUCAAAAAUGAUUUCACACGUCUUACAUUUUAUAGUCAAGGACAGUGAAAAGUUGCCAUAUUGCCCAGUUUAGUGACGACGACGCACACUUUGAUGGAUAGCACUUGCAGAUUGAAAUGCCUUUUGUGAGCCCUAGGAGGCGCACCACUGCCCUACAGUCCCUUAAAAAGAGAAAGAAGAAAGAAAAAGAAGAAAUAAGUGCCGCAUGAGCUAUGCAAUGUAUAGAAUAAGAACCCGAACACCAGACAAGCUGGAUUUAAGCUCGAGUGACAAACGAUCACCAAUACUUGAAAAGUCAGAGUGGUGAGCAGGGGCAGAGUCAGCUCCGAGGCAGGAGGGGGCGCUGAGGAGACAUCAAUGACUCAACUCAAAGAUAAUUUAUUUAAAUCUACAAAAGAAUAAUGUUUUCUUUCACUGCUUCUUUCUUUUCUAACCGAGAUAAAUCUCUCAUGAGUAGAAUUGUGGUGUUCCACAAGGCUCUGUUCGAGGCCCACUUUUUAAACGGAACUGGAACACAAGGAAAAUGUGUGUAGUGUUUGGUGUGGACGCACUGUAGUCCUCACUUCUUCUGGAUUUUUCCAUGACUCUAUAUCAGUAAAUUAAACACGUGACACGUUUAUGUAAUCAUGUGACAGACUCGAUGGGAGUCUAAAUAAAUGUGUCCCGACGGAGUUUCUGUCUCCGCACGUUUGGCACCGAAACACACUUUGAGACACAGUUUGAAGCUUCAGUCACUUUGAGGUUUUCAGGUUGAACAGCAGCAGCAGCAGCAGCACACACACACACACACACACACACCUGAGAUGUCCCCGCCUCCUGUCCGACCCCGACUCUGCUCGCCACUCCAAUCUCUCACUUAUUCUUUAAAGCAAACGCUUGUUAGAAUAUUUGCACUGAGGACUCGUAAUAAUAAAAAUAAUACUAAUAAUAAUAAUAAGAAAAUAAAUAGAAACUGCCAUUGCGUGAAUAAAUAAAGACAUUAUUUUUAUAGGAGUAAAAAUUGAGCUCUGUUCAAAUGUAUUAUACCUAAAUCAUGGAACCAAAGAGGCCAGAGGUGGAGCUGUUGUUGUUGUUGUUGUUGUUGUUGUUGUGAGGCCUAAACACUGUUAUCAGGGUAUAAUAUCAGUCCAUUAUCUGCUUAAUCUCUUUUCUAUUUUCUACCUAGACAUGGAUAUUUCCUAUUUUUUCAUCAGAUUCCUUUCUUCUGUUUCUGUUGUUUUGCUAGCGCUUGUUCCAGAAUCAUCUGCAGGUGAAGGUGAAGCGGGCGCCAUCUUUGUCUCUGUACAGUCCAUAAUGUAACAUAUGAAUAUGCUUUUCAAAUAUUUUUUGUCUUUUGUUAUUGUUGAGAAAUAAAUUUUCUUAUUACCAAACGUA